UGAAGAAGCCUGUUUCGAAAUAAAGUGCUUAGUGAGUUCGCAGCAUACCUCGGAGCUCCGGUAUCAAACGUAACAUCACUAUUUAAAGUUAGCAUAGGUUUUAAUUGACUUGGGAAGUUUGGACUGGAUAGUUUGCUCGACGGAGAGCGAUAGCUAAAGAUCUGCUCUUCCAAUCUAUUUCUGUAGGUGUUUCGCAGAAUCACGACAUUGUAGAGCAACAGAACUCCAGACCAGAGUUUCAGUCUAAGAAGUCCCAACGUGCACUGCUGAUUUCAGCCAGCAAGUUUCUAAUCAAAACAGUCAUGGAGAUGUUGCUGUGUGCUCUGGGGGGCCUGCUGCUGCUGCUGUUCUCCUGUCUGGAUGUCUGGUACUUCCUGCGGGGGGCGGUGGUGGUGGUCAGGGCCUGGUUCCAGAAGCCGGUGUGGGACGUCCUCGGGGAACAGAGUGUGUCGGGACGCGUCCUGCUUCACGAUAUCGACCUGGGACACAUGAACAAUGCCAGAUACCUCCGGGAGUGUGACUUCGCCAGGUUCUCCCUGUACAGUCGUAACGGGGUGUUUAAGGCUUGCCGUGCCCUGAGGGCCACCAUGGUGGUGGGAGCCACUACUAUCCGCCUGCGCCGGGCCCUGUGCCUGGGGGAAGCAUUUGAGCUGCGCACCAGAAUCGUGGUCUGGGACGAGAAGGCCUUUUACCUUGAGCAGCGUUUCGUCUCCUGCAGGGACGGUCUGGUGGCAGCUGUCAUGUGGUGUAAACAGAACGUCAUGCGCAGCAGCCCUGAUAAGAUACUGCAGUACCUCUGCAAGAGAAAGGUGGAGUGUCCCGACUACCCUGAGGAUCUGCAGCACUGGAUCAGCUUCAUCUCAGCCAGCAGCCAGGCACUGAGAGCCCAGAGUGGACUAGUGGACAAGACUGGAGCACAGGAAGACAAAGACAAGUGAUUGAGUGGUGCGGUGGUCGACGAUAUGGGAGAAAUGAAGGAUCUCUGACAGAUCUGGGGUGUGUUCAUUAGUGCGAAACUGUAGGAAAACGUUUCCCAAUGAAAAUAAGAAUUACUAUUAGACAAAUGUAGGUAGGUUUAAUAAUAAUAAUAAUAUGCCAUUUAGCAGACGCUUUUAUCCAAAGCGACUUACAGUCAUGCGUGCAUACAU